UUUGUUUGUUUGUUGUCAAGUCAAAAUCAUAAAACCAAAAAUAUCUUAAAGUUGCUUUUCUCUUUAUAAAUUUUGAUAUCAAGAUGAAUUGCUGUGAAAAUAUAACAAUGCCCAGUUGUGUUUGGUUUGAGGGUGGCGAAAAGCGGAACAUUAUUGCAUCAAUAAUGGCUGGACUCUUGUUCUUUGCUGGUUGGUGGUUUAUUAUAGAUGCCGCUUCUGUGUACAAAGAUGAUCUACCAAAUGCUGUUCAUGUUUGUGGAGUGAUGGCCACUUUAUCACUGAUCAUGGUUAAUUCUGUAUCUAAUGCCCAGGUGAGAGGUGAAACAUACACAGGAGGCUGUAUGGGUCCCCGGGGGGCACGGCUGUGGCUCUUCCUUGGGUUCGUAGUCGGCUUUGCUUCACUUAUCGCUUCCUGUUGGAUCCUGUUUGCCGAUUAUGUCAACGCAAAAAGCACAAAGAAUACCUGGGCGGGAGUGAGUCUUUUCUUACAGAACGCGUUCAUCUUUGCCGGUUCCCUGGUUUAUAAAUUUGGACGUACGGAAGAUUUGUGGGGUUAAUUUUUUUUAUUAAAACCUAUUAAUCUAUGUAUUAAAGUAAGCUGCAUUGUUUGUAUUCUGAAUAAACUAAUGAGAAACCAA